UCUUUCGGUUAGAGGAGUUACUGAGCGAAUGUUAAACUUCUUAAGGUUCUAAAUGUUUCUGUGUUUGGGUUUGUUUAAAAAAUGCUACGAAUCAGCCGCUGUAUAGAAUAUUUUUAUUUCAUAAAAGCGGAAUAAAUUAGUGUCUAUUAGAAAACUACAUAGACUAUGUGGACUGUCUUUUUUUCUUGGUGUUUUAACACUGUUUAAUGUUUGCAUAGUAAUUUUAUAGAAAUCCGUGUUGUGAGGAGUGAUUGAAAUGUGCUGAAGUGAUCUGAAGUGAAAGAACUCUCUGUCUGAGAUGAGUCUCUCUGAGAAAAAGAGUGAAAGAUCAGGCUCACAUGUGUCCAGCUCUGUUUCUGUGAAGAUUGACCGUCCAAAAGAGAAAAAAACGUCAUCUAUUAAAAGUGUGAGAUCAGGCUCAAAUGUGUCCAGCUCUGUGUCUGUGAAGAGUGACUGCUCAAAACAAAGUCUGCCACCAAACUUAAGUGAGAAAAGAACAUCAUCUACCAAAAGUGUAAGAUCAGGCUCACGUGUGACCAGCUCUGUGUCUGUGAAGAGUGACCAGUCACAAAAUCAUCCACCAAACUUAAGUGGGGAACGACCAUCAAGUUUUCAAAGUGUCAGAUCAUGCUCACAUGUGUCCAGCUCUAUGUCUGUGAAGAGUGACGAUUCAAAAAAAGAACCACCAAACUUCAGUGAGAAAACAUCACCAACCAAAAGGGUUCAAUAUGAGAAAUCAGACACAAAAGUUCACGAGAAGUUCAGAAAAAAUCUCCACAGCAUAUUCCAGGAUCUUGAGAACAAAAUGAUAACGUUUUUGAAGUACGAGCUGGAAAAGUUUAAAAAAAUUUUAAAAAAGGAAAACACACAAUACUUUUUGAGAGAUACAGAGGACACGAGGAUCAAAGAAGCAGCUCUUGAUCUCACACUCUACUUUCUGAGAGAGAUGAAGGAAGAUGAAGCUGCUAAUACUAUAGAAGAUAAGAUGGCCUUCAUUCAUCUUAAAUCAAGCCUAAAAAAAAAGUAUCAAUGUGUGUUUGAAGGAAUUGCUAAGCAAGGUGAUGCUACGCUUCUGAACAACAUCUACACAGAUCUCUAUAUCACUCAGGGUUGUACUGAACAGGUCAAUACUGAACAUGAGGUAAGACAGAUUGAAGUUACUUCCAGGCGUCAUGAAUCACAAGAGAUACAGGUUGAAUGCACAAAUUUAUUUCAACCUGGAAAAGGCAAGAAGAUCAAAACUGUACUGACAAAAGGAGUUGCUGGCAUUGGAAAAUCAGUCUCUGUGCAAAAGUUUGUUCUGGAUUGGGCUGAAGGAAAAGAAAAUCAAGAUAUCAGCUUCAUAAUUCCUCUUCCAUUCAGAGAGAUGAACUUAAAGGAUAAAGAAAAACAAAGUUUGAUGGACCUUAUAACUCAGUUUUUCCCAGAGACAAAAGGACUGAACCUUGCAAAGAGGAAUAAGUACAAAGUCCUGUUCAUCCUUGAUGGAUUGGAUGAGUUUCGUGUUCCUCUGAAUUUUGAGGGUAAUGAGACGUGGUCUGAUGUAUCGUCACCAGCCUCUCUGGAUGUUCUCCUGACAAACCUCAUCAAAGGAAAUCUGCUUCCUUCUGCUCUCAUCUGGAUCACCACCAGACCAGCAGCUGCCAGUAAGAUUCCGCCUGAAUGUAUCGAUCGGGUGACAGAGAUACGAGGAUUCAAUGAUGCACAAAAGGAAGAGUACUUCAGAAAAAGAUUCAAAGAUGAGAAUCAGGCCAAAGAAAUCAUUGAUCAUGUUAAAAAAUCAAGGAGUCUUUUUAUAAUGUGCCACAUCCCAGUCUUCUGCUGGAUUUCAGCCACUGUUCUCAAGAACAUUUUGGAAAUGAAAACAAAUAAUGAUCAGAAAAACAGUCAGGCUAAUGAUGUCUCCAAAACACUGCAGGAAUCAAAUACUGAAGACACUCCGAAGACUCUGACACAAAUGUACACACACUUUCUCCACUUUCAGAUCCUGCAGAGCAGACGAAAGUAUGAUGGAGAAUACACACCAGAUAUUUCCUGGGAUAAAGACACCAUCCUUUCACUGGGAAAACUGGCAUUUCAUCAGCUGGAAAGAAACAAUGUGAUCUUCUAUGACAUCGACCUGGAAGCCUGUGGUAUUGACGUCUAUAAAGCGUCAGUCUAUUCAGGCAUGUGUACCCAGAUCUUUAAGAAGGAAAGAGGGAUCAUUCUUGGUACCAUGUACUGCUUUGUUCACUUGAGCAUUCAAGAGUUUAUUGCAGCCCUUUAUGCACAUCUGUUUCUAGACAUCAACAAGAAAAGUGUGUUUGUUCAUAAGUCUACUGAACAGGAAAACAAAAAUGAAGCCAUGAUUGAUUUGCUCAAGACUGCAGUGGACAAAGCGCUUGAGAGUGACAAUGGACACCUGGACCUUUUCCUUCGCUUCCUUCUUGGUCUGUCAAUCCAGUCCAAUCGGCUACUCUUACAAGGUCUGCUGACACAGCAAAACGACAAUGGCCAAAUCAAAAAGGAAAUCAUUCAGUACAUCAAACAGAAAUUUGAAGCUAAUCUGUCUCCAGAGAGAUCCAUCAAUCUGUUCUACUGUCUGAAUGAACUGAAUGACCAAACUCUGGUGAAAGAAAUUCAGACCCACCUUAACAAAGGAAGUCUCUCAUCUGCUGAUCUUUCACCUGCCCAGUGGUCUGCUGUGGCCUUUGUGUUGUUGACAUCAAAGGAGGAGCUGGAGGAGUUUGAGCUUAAGAAAUUCAAGAAAUCAGAUGAGUGUCUCAUUAGACUAUCAGCAGUCAUCAAAACAUGUAAAAGAGCUCUACUGAAUGAUUGUGACUUAACAGACAGAAGCUGUUCAGCUCUGGCUACAAUUCUUGGUUCAGAUACCAAUCUAAAAGAGCUCAACAUUAACAAUAAUAAUCUACGGGAUUCAGGAGUGAAGCUGCUCUGCAUUGGAUUGGAGAAUGUAAAGUGUGAACUGGAGAUACUGAGACUUUCUAACUGCAGUCUCACCGAAGAUGGUUAUAAAGAUCUGGCUUCAGCUCUGAGAUCAAACCCUUCACACCUGAUAGAGCUGGAUCUCACAGGAAAUGAUCCUGGACAAUCAGGAGUGAAGGAGCUCAAUGAUUUACUACAGGAUCCAAACUGUCAACUGAAGAAACUGAGGUUUUUGAGUCCUGAUGCAGAAGAAGCCUGUCAGUAUGUGACUGGAGUUGUGGGUAUAAACCUGUUACUCCUGAGAGAGCUGAAUCUGAGUGGACAUGAACUAGUAGACACACGAGUGAAUCAGAUCGCUGCUCUACUCCAGGAUAAACACUGUCAACUCAACACACUACAGCUGCGUGAUUGUGGUCUAACAGAGGAAAGUUGUUCAGCUCUCUCUACAGUCCUGACAUCAAACAACAGCCUGAAAGAGCUUGACAUUAGCAACAAUAAUCUGCAGGAUUCAGGAGUGAAGAAACUCCAGAACGGAUUAGAAAAUACAAACUGCACACUGGAGAAACUCAGACUUUCAGACUGCAGUAUCACUGAAGAAGGUUAUAAAGCUCUGGCAUCAGCUCUGAGAUCAAACCCUUCACACCUGAUAGAGCUGGAUCUCAAAGAAAAUGAUCCUGGACAAUCAGGAGUGAAGGAGCUUAAUGAUUUACUACAGGAUCCACACUGUCAACUGAAGACACUGAGGUUUUUGAGUCCUGAUGCAGAAGAAGCCUGUCAGUAUGUCACUGGAAUUGUGGGUAUAAACCCGUUACUCCUGAGAGAGCUGAAUCUGAGUGGACAUGAACUAGUAGACACACAAGUGAAUCAGAUCUCUGCUCUGCUGCAGGAUAAGCACUGUAAGGUCAACGCUCUGAUACUUUCAGACUGCAGUAUCACUGAAGAAGGUUAUAAAGCUCUGGCUUCAGCUUUGAAAUCAAACCCUUCACACCUGAUAGAGCUGGAACUUACAGGAAAUGAUCCUGGACAAUCAGGAGUGAAGCAGCUCAGUGAUUUACUACAGGAUCCAAAUUGCCAACUGAAGACACUGAGUCUGUGUGAAUGCAGUAUUACAGAAAGACAGUAUGAAGGUUGUUCUGCUCUGACUUCAGCUCUGAAAUCAAACCCAUCACACCUGAGAGAACUGGACCUGAGUGAGAAUAAACUGGGAGACUCUGGAUUUGAAAACCUCAGUGAUCUACUGAUGAACCCACAAUGCAAGCUGGAAAUACUAGCACUGUGUAAAUGCAGUAUUAAAGAGAAGCAGUGUAUCUUCCUGACUUCAGCUCUGAAAUCAAACCCAUCACACCUGAGAGAGCUGGACCUGAGUGGAAAUGUACUUAAACACACAAGAGUGAAUAAAUUUUAUGAUAUACUGAAGGAUUCACACUGCAAACUAGAGAGACUGAGGUUAAGCUACUGUGCUAUAAAAUCUGAAGAUUGUUCAGCUCUGAUUUCAGCUCUGAAAUCAAACCCAUCACACCUGAGAGAGCUGACCUUAAGUGGGAAUGAACUAGGCCAGUUGGGAGCAACAAACCUCAGUGAUCUACUGAUGAGCCCACAAUGCAAGCUGGAAAAGCUAGAUCUGUGUAGAUGCAGUAUUACAGAGAAACAGUGUCUCAUCCUGACUUCAGCUCUGAAAUCAAACCCUUCACACCUGAGAGAACUAGACCUCAGUAAGAAUAAACUAGGAAACUCUGGAGUUGAAAACCUUGGUGUUCUGUUGGGCAGUUCACAAUGCAAGCUGGAAAAACUACAUCUAAAUGACUGUGGUAUUACAGAUGUUGCUUGUUUGGCUCAGUCUUUGGCUGAAACAAAAGCACUGCAGUUUUUAAAAGAGCUUGAUCUGAGUAACAAUAAAAUAGGAGACUCAAAGCAGCAGCUCAGUGACGUGCUACGAAACCGGAGCCUGGAGAAAGAACAUUUGCUCAGAUGGAAAGCUGGUGUGAACUACAUUGGUAGCUUUAGUGGAUGGUUAACAUCCUGGUCUAAAGCUCAGGAGGAACCUGUGGAAUUAACAGAACAAGAAAAGUCACUGUCAGAUGAUGAAUUCUCCAUUUAGUACUGUUAUAAAUCAAGAUGUUUGGCAGUAAUUUUGGUGAAAUAUUGCUAAACCACAAUUAAUAAAUACAAAAAUGCCAAACUUACAGCUAAGCUUCAAAUAGCAUUGAUUUAACAAAUUGAAAGUUUACAGGUGGAAAAGGUUUGAAAACCUCUAAAUUAAAUAAUGCAGUAUUAAUAGAAACACAUGAUUAAUGUUACAUGUUUAUUGUUAGUUUAGUAUUCCAUCUACAUCAGGGGUGCCCAACCCUGUUCCUGGAGAUCGACUUUCCUGCAGAGUUUAGUUCCAACCCAAUCAAACACACCUGUCUGUAAUUAUCAAGUGCUCCUUGAGAUCCUAAUUAGCUGGUUCAGAUGUGUUUGGUCAGGGUUAGAGCUGAACUCUGCAGGAAAGUCGAUCUCCAGGACCAGGGUUGAGCACCCCUGGUCUACAUCAUAAUGAUGUUCGGAUUAAACUCAUCCAUAAUGAAGCAAUUAGAAAAUUGCUCACAAUUGUGAUAUCAAAUGAUACAAACUGAAAUUCUAAAAUAAAAAUUUAGUUAUUGUGGGCUAAAUAUACACAAAUUCUUAUUGUCACACCCCUGUGGUCUGUUUUUGUGGUUUCCCCUUGUGUAUGCCCUUAUUUGGUCUUUCCUGUUCCGUUUCCAAUUAUGAUGUCAUUGUCUAAUCUAUCACACCUGUCCUCAUCUGAUUAGUCUGUGUAUUUUAGUUUGGUUCUGUUCCCCUUUGGUUUGUCAGUUCUUUUCGUACAAGUCUCUUGCGUACUGUUUGUGUGUAAUUCUCUGCUGUUCCUGUUCC